AUGGAGGAAGAGGCCGAAGUCUCCAUAGUGGAACACGAGCACCGACGACAGCGGGACGUGAAGCCCUUUUUGUACGGCGCCGCGCUAGUGCUCUUCUUGUCGGCCUCGUUCUGCGCGGCUGCCUACCUGCCAGGAGUGUUCUCGCGACGCAUCUACGUCAUGGACGAGGUCGUGUGUGCAUCGAGCAGCUGCCGGGCACUCUCGAGGCUCAUCAACACCUCCGUCAACGGAGACCUGGACCCGUGUGACGACUUCUACGCCUACGUGUGCGACGGCUGGCGCCGCUCGCACUCGCUCCGCCCCUUGGAGUCGCGCCGAAGCGUCUUCGACGAGGUCGAGCAGAGCGUGCGCGCUCGCCUCCACGACGCACUCUGGAAAACGUUUCGCAAGAGCUUCGGUAACCGCACUGGUGGCUCGUUCGUCAAGCUAGCCAUCGUGUACGUCGCCUGCGCCAAGUCACUGACGCCCGAAGGGAACGGAGUCGUCUCGAUGCGCAAGUUCCUCAAGAACAUGAACUUGGCCUGGCCCGACGAGGAAGUCCCGCAAGGCGGUAAUGCUACCGACCUCCUGGAGCUGUUAGUCACAUUGUCCAUGAGAUGGGACGUUAGCGUACUGUUCUCGUACUCAGUCAGGUCAAUGAGCAAAGAGAAAGGAGCCGUCGUGCUGGGACUUCCGGCGCCACUUAUACCAGGCCCACUGACGGACGCGAAGAAGUUGCUGUACGAGAAGCUUAUUGUGAGCAUCGCAUUCCUGUUCGGCAGAAAAAGCGAGUACAGCGACUUCGCGCGGCGCCUUGUGGCCGUGGAAGAGGACAUCGCGCGUCUGCGGGACCAAGACCACGUCCUCCUCACGUACAUGGUGAAGGACCUGGGAAACCUUUGUGCAGACUUUCCAUGGAAAAAGUGGAUGUCUGCGUUGAACAAGAACCUCCCAGCUCAGGCGGCGCUAACGCCACAAAAGUCGGUCAUCGUGCAGCACCCGGCGUACAUAGGACGGCUGCUGACGUACUUUCUCGGCCACGAAUACCCGGAAGACAUCAAGGCGUAUUUGGCCCUUCGUGUGCUGCUCAGGUACGGCCAGGCGAUCUACGACAUCCGCCACGUCCAAGAAAUCGUUCUGCACGCCGAGAAGGAGAUUCCCGCUGAUGAGGUGAUGCGGACGUGCCAGCAGUGGCUCGCCGACCUGAUGCUUGACACGUGGAACUCGUUCGUCUCCCAGUCGCUCGCCAAACGCGCCGACAUCGAGCGACUCACGCAGCUCGUGUCGGACAUCAAGAACGUCUUUUACCGCCGCGUUCGCCGAGCCGAAUGGAUGGACGCGGCCACCAAGAACAUAUCUGUCCAGAAGGCCCAGAAUAUCGCCUUCAAUAUACCGAACAUCGAGACAGACGCAGCCCUCGACAAGGCGUACGAAUCGCUCCUGUUGAACUCGCGGGGCGGAAGUGGCAGCUUCCUCGACUUGGUCGUGCGGCUGGUGGAGGUCAACCACGAGAGCAACAAGCUGUCUGUGUACGGCGUUAUCGGCCGCAGCGAUUCCGCCACGGUGCACUCCAGGGUCAAUGCCAUGUACGUGUACAGCCUCAACGUGGUCAACGUGAACGCGGCGUUACUGGCGAUGCCUUUCUUCACUCAGGGUGCACCCCUGUCAGUCUCGUACGGCAGCCUGGGCGCUAUUGUGGCGCACGAGAUUAUCCACGGCUUCGACGUGAGCGGCCGGCUGUACGACGAAGUCGGCAGCUUCGAGGACUGGUGGAGCAACGCAACCAAUGCCGCGUAUCGCGAGGCGAGCGCUUGCUUCGUCGAGCAGAUGCGAAGCCUCGCCUCGUCAGCGAAAGCCGGCUCGGUGACGCUCGAGGAGAACACAGCCGACAACGGUGGCGCACGCUGCGCGUACGAAGCGUACGUGCUCGCGUCAGAGCGAGUCCCCGUCGUCGUUCAGCUGCGCGGUCUGGAAGCGCUCGAAGACGAGCAGCUCUUCUUCGUCGCUUACUGCUACAAGUUCUGCGGUAUUGAGCGGCCUUCCUCGGCGACGACGCAGCGCCUUGCCACGCACCCCGCCGACAAGCUGCGCUGCAACGUGCCACUGCUCAACAUGCCCGAGUUUGCGGCCGCCUUUGAAUGCGAGCCUGGAGCAGCCAUGAAUCCUGCGCGUAGGUGCGCAGUCUGGUAG